AAGUACCCACGUAGAAAACCAAAUAGAUAAGAGGUUAGUUCACAAAAAUGCCAAAUAGGAUGAAUGCACAUGCGCCGGAUUAAAAAUCCUUAUCAAUGUGAAGAUACAUUGAAUGUAUUCAGAACACGUUUCGGAAUUAGGAAUCUGUGCUCCACGAACACAGGGUUGGUUCUAGUAGUAUGUUCCAAUUAUAUUUCGAACGCACUAUGCAUGACACGUAGCCGCUGGAACAUCAACUGUAACACAUUUUGGAAAAAAAUAAUAUUCAUCUGCAUUAUCGGCUUAAUCUUCAUCUUAAAAAUAAUUUUACAACCUGCUAAAGCAUGAAAAACGAUUUAAAAUAGUUAUUGGAAAGUUUAAUUUGUUCCUGGAGCGUAAAACUUUUUGUUCAUUAUUUGAAUUUUAUACACGAAAUUUUCAUAUCGCGCAUGAUCAAGUAGUUAUAGCCAGUCUCCUGGAACAAACCUAUAAAAAUUUUAAUCCUGAACAUGAUUCAUUAGCACCGCGAACGCACAUUUUCAAACUUAUGUAUCUAAUGACAGAAAAUGUUCAGGAUAUCUACCGCGAACAAAGCUGCUAUUGGGUAUUGUGUUGAAACUACUAAACAAUGACGGUUGUUGAAGUGAUAAUUAGUUAUUUUCUGUUGUUUUAAACUUAUACUAAUGGGAAUUUUGCUUUUGCAUUAUUCUACGAGUGUUAUUCGAAAAGUUUCAAUUUGAUAUCUAUGGUAAAUGAUUUAUUAAGCAAAAACAUGGGGUGAUGAAUCGGAUCCAAUAAUACUGUGCGUUCAUGGAAUCAUGGACAACGCUGGAAGUUUUGAUAGAUUGAUACCAAUGCUACCACCUUCGUUUUACUACGUCUGUAUCGAUUUACCAGGACAUGGGAAAUCUUCUCAUUUUCCAUCUCAUCUCCCAAUUCACACAUUAAACUUCAUUUUAGUAUAUAAACAAGUGUCGAUAUACUUUAAAAAGAAGUUAAUCAUUUUGGGGCACAGUUAUGGAGGACAGUUGGGUUUUGUUUAUGCCCAAAUGUAUCCCCAAUGCGUAGAGAAACUUAUUAUGUUGGAUACAGUGACUAUAUACCCAGUACCAAUCAAAAUUUUCGUUGAUUAUUUGGUUGAUAGAUUAGAGAACUAUUUUAAAAUUGGUGAUAAUUUGAAAAACAAACAGCCACCUACUUAUACACUAGAACAGGCUUUAAAUAAAGUCCAACAUGGUAGAAAUUAUAGUAGUAUAAAACGGGAAACCGCCGAGGUUUUAUUAAAAAGGGCAAUAGAACCAGAAGGAGAUCGUUUUAAAUUCACUUUGGAUCAGAGGAUGAAAAAUUUCGUAAAUCCCUUGAGAGACCACCGGUAUAAUAUGGAAUCUAUGAAUACUUUUCCAGUCAAAUGCCCCAUACUAAUGAUUUUAGCUAAAACAUGGGGAGAACCAGAAGACCCUCUAGUUCUCUGUUUCCACGGUAUUAUGGACAACGCUGGUACUUUCAAUCGAUUAAUGCCCUAUUUACCCAAUACGUUUUAUUACGUUGGUAUAGAUUUACCGGGUCAUGGUAAAUCUUCCCAUUUCCCACCACACGUUCCCAUUCACGUGUUUAAUUUCUUACUAACGUACAAACGUAUAAGCGAACAUUUCAAGAGGAAAUUUAUUAUAUUAGGCCAUAGUUUUGGAGCUCAAAUUGGAUAUAUUUUUGCUCAGUUGUAUCCAGAAAAAGUUAAAAAACUGAUUAUGUUGGACUCAAUAACAGUAUUUCCACAAACAGCGUUAAAUUUUGCAACGUACCUUAGGGAUAAAACUAAUUUUUAUAUUCAAAUUGAAAAGAAAAUAACCAACGGUGUUCCACCUAGUUAUACAAAGGAAGAAGCUCUGCACAGAUUGCAUACUGGUAGAAGUUACGCUCCAAUCAAAUUAGAAGGAGCUGUAGCUUUGCUAGAAAGAUCUAUAAAUGAAAUCGAUGAUGGAAAAUAUAUAUUUACAUUAGAUCAAAGAAUAAAAAAUACCAUUGUACCUCUAAGGAAUUUAAGAAAUGUUGCAGAGGCAAUCGAAUAUUAUCCAGUACGUUGUCCGUUGCUUAUAAUCUUAGCAACAGAAUCUACUUCUCAACAAAUUUAUUUCAGUUCAAUACUACAGUUAUUAAAAAGACAGAAAAACGUGCGAAUUAAGUAUGCCGAAGGAAACCAUGACGUCCACAAUGACUAUCCAGAAAGAGUUGCACCAUUAAUCAAUAAGUUUUUGUUGUAUAAAUCUAAUAAACUGUAAAUUAUGAACCAA